CAUUUGGUCUCUACCCUGCCAGAGUAUUGGCGAUUCGGCUGCUGAAGGAGACUUGCCCGGGCCAGGUUGGGGGAUAAACAUGGACACGACACCGGGGCGGCAGGACGAGGGUGAAGAGGGGGACAAACCACACAAGGUACGGCUGAACACAGCGUUCAAGGAACAGGCGGGGAGUUUGGCCGAAUACUUGAACUGUCCUAUCUGCAUCGAGCUGUUCGACCAGCCGGUCAUUCUGGACUGCGGCCACAAUUUCUGCCAGGCAUGUCUCCAGGUGUACUGCGAGGGCGGCGAGGCCAACUCGUGUCCCCAGUGCGGGACUGUGAUCGGGGACAACAGCGUGAGGGCUAACCGGGCGCUGGGCCACCUGGCCGACACUGCCCGUACUCUCAACCUGGCCCCGGUCAGGCAGGAGGGCGAAGAGGGUCCACCCGCUCGGCCGAGACAAGCGGCGCCCAAACUGUACUGCAAGGAGCACAAGGAGGAGCUGAAACUCUUCUGUGAGACGGACAGGGAGCUGAUCUGUGUGAUGUGUUUGGACGGGAGAGCGGGCGGCAGCCACAAGCAGCAUGACUUCAUGCUCAUCCACGAAGCUGUGGAGAAAUACAAGGAUAAACUGAAGUCCUCAUUGGACAUGCUGAGGCAGAAGAUGACCGUUCUGGAAACCAAACUGAGGGAGAAGGAGAGCUUUUCUGAAAUCGGGGAAAAGGCCACCAAUCUACAGGGUCUCAUUUCCUCGGAGUUCGCCAAGAUGCAUAGUUUCCUGGAGAGGAAGGAGGAUAGUUUAAUUCAGGAGCUGAAGGGCCACGAGGAGAACAUUUCGGAGACGAUGGAGAAGAACUUCGAGGAGAUCCAGGAGAGCCUGGACUCUGUUCAACUGAAGCUCUCAAAACUCCAUUCGACAAUGGAUCGGAGGGAGAUACUGAAUUUCCUGGAGGAAGAAGCGUGCCAGAAGAAGAGCGAAGACAAUCUUCGGAUUAUAACGGGUGACAAUCUUCCUCUGGGACUGUUCAAAGGGCCAUUGCAGUACACCGUCUGGAAGCAAAUGAUAGACUCCAUUUGGCCGGCUCCAUCCUGCUUAACAUUGGAUCCAAAUACUGCACAUUCCUGGCUCAUCCUGUCUGAUGAUCUGACCAGCGUGAGAUACGGCGACAAGGCGCAGCUCCUGCCGGAGACGCCGGAGCGCUUCUACCCGUGUGUGUGCGUCCUCGCCUCCGAGGGUUUCACCUCGGGCAAGCACUACUGGGAGGUGGAGGUGGGAGACAGCACCGAGUGGGACCUGGGAGUGGUGGCCGAGUCGGUCAACAGGAAGGGAGACAUCACGGCCAUGCCCGAGGCCGGCUACUGGAUCGUGUGGUUGAGAAGGAGCGAGUACAAGGCGGGCACCCUGCCCCGCACACGCCUGGCCGUCACCGUGAUGCCGAGGAAGAUCGGAGUCUACCUGGACUACGAGGAGGGCCAGGUGUCCUUUUACAACGCCGACAACAUGACCCACCUCCACACCUUCAUCGACAUCUUCACCGAGAAACUAUACCCGUUCUUCAGCCCCUGUCUCAAUGGUGGUGAGAAAAACACGGAGCCCCUCAGGAUCUGUUCCGCAAAAGACUUUUACAGCCCGGAGUACAACAAGCAAGCAGUGUCGUGGAAGAAGCGGGUGGCCUAGAGACUCGAGCCUGCGGUCAUUUCCUCUUCAUCUCGUCCAGAACAUUGCCUCCGGUUUGACAGUCAGAGUCGCCUUUGUUUGAGAGUUCAUAGAUGCCAAGUCACGAGAAUCAAGAAUGUUUUUUGUCAUGUGUGCCAGAUUGAACAAUGAAAUUAUUGCUUGCUGCAGUACAACACAAUAUGUAAACAUAAUACAGAACAGAAGAUAAAGGUUCAGUGUGUCUAUAUAACAUAGACCAUAUAUGUAAACAAUAAAUAAACAAAUAAGGUGUAAUAGUAAUAAUAGACUGGUAUUGAUCAGUUUUUUUUUAUGUCGUGUGAUGGCUGUGGGGAAGCAGUUGUUCCUGAACCUGGAUGUACCAGAUUUCUGGCUCCUGUACCUUCUACCUGAUAGCAAUGGAGAGAUUGGAGACAUUAUAGCCAUAGAGGGAGUGCAGAGACGGUUCACCAGACUGAUUCCUGGGAUGUCAGGACUGUCUUAUGAAGAAAGACUGGAUAGACUUGGUUUAUACUCUCUAGAAUUUAGGAGAUUGAGAGGGGAUCUUAUAGAAACUUACAAAAUUCUUAAGGGGUUGGACAGGCUAGAUGCAGGAAGAUUGUUCCCGAUGUUAGGGAAGUCCAGGAU